GUAGCGAUGGUAGAAAAAGUUGUCAAGAUGGUCUCAGAAACCACAUGUAUUGAUUUUUUACCAAAAACAAAUGAAAAAAUUUAUGUUAAGUUUGACACUACUGAUGGAUUUUCGUGAGUAUCAAUUUGAUUUUGAAGAUUUGAUCCUGUAAUGUUCACUGAAGCUUUUUAAUCCCCCGGUCAUGAAUUACUCUUGAGUUUCUCUGAAUCAUUUGUAAAUGUCUGCAAUGCGCAAGUGACAAUUUCCGAAGCGACGGUAAUAUGUAGGCCUACAUUUUUGUAUUACAGUUUUACCAGGCUUGUAUUUUUUAGGAGUAUGCUCAAUGAAAGUCAGGUGUACACAGAAAUGGAGCUACGUGCUGAAAUGUCAAGAUUAUUGGGACUAUAUGGAAUUAUAAUGCAGUAUUCAAAGUUAGGAAAUAUCGAUUGAUUCGAGGAUCAAAUUAGUUCAUGUUAAUACGAUCAGCGAAAAAACUAUGAUAGUGAAUUACACUUAUCUGAAGUUCUUAGAAAUCAAAUUCUGGCAUGGGUCAUGAUUGUCAUACUGUUGUUUGAAAAAGCAUUUUAAAUGUAUCUUCCAGAUACUUCCUCAAUUUUCGUACUCCUGGUCUUUAAUUAGAAAACAAGAAACGUACGAGAGCCCGAAGACUGUUUCGCUAGCAGGGGGAUGUGGCACCUUGAAGACUGUUCAUCAUGAGCUCAAGCAUUUGCUUGGAUUCGAGCAUGAACAUGCAAGAGCUGAUAGAGAUGCAUACAUUACAGUAAAAAGGGAAAACAUUCAAGAGGGUUCAAAACAUUCAAUCUGCAAUACUUCAUUUAAAAUAAAAACAAAUAUUAAAUCUAAACUCUUUCAAAUGAAUCUUAUUAAGGCCGUAAAAAAGUUUGGACAAACCAUUUUCAGGAUUUUUGCUCGCGUCCCUUCAUUAACAUCCCUUCACACUAUCACUUCAAACAAGACCACCGAAAUAUAAUAGGCAUGUACGAAUACUGUUCGAAACUGUUCUUUCACUUUAGCAUUCUAUCCAGAUUGUUAUUUAUCCUAUGGGUUUUACUGAAUUAGAAUGAAUUUUUGAGGCUUAAUUAAAAGCUCAAAUAAACAGUUUAAAUUUGAACUUGGAAAAAUCUCACCAUAUGUAACGAAAAAUAUGUAAAAAGUUACAACCUCGUGCAAUAUCGCAGGGAAAUUAAAUAAGGAAAAUUACAGUUUCUGGCUGCACAGCAUUGACCACUUUGGCCAGUACUACUUUAUAUUUUGUUCCAAUUUCUAGGUAUGGAAUACAACUUUGUUAAAAUAGAAAAAGGUAAUGCCAUAAAAAUUGGAGUACCUUAAGAACUUACAUCAGUAAUGCAAUACACAAGUAAUUCUUUCAUGAAACGACCGGGAAAAUGUCCUUUAGUUGAAUACGGAACGGAAAGAGAAAUCAAGUUUAAUAAAGAUUAUUCAUUUACUGGAUAUGAUGUAUUUGAAGUUAACAAACUAUAUGACUGCCUGGAUCCAGUUUUAACCGCAACAUGGACUGCGUGGGGUGAUUGGUCACCUUGUGAUGCAACUUGUGAAAGAGGAGAAAAAUAUAAAUAUAGAAGAUGUGAAAAUGCUAAAGGAAAGCAUGUCAUUGGAUGUCCUGGAGAACCAUUUAUAAUUGAACCUUGCAAAGUUGGGACAAUCUGUCCACCAACGGGUGUAUGGGGAGAGUGGGGUGAAUGUACAAGCAAAUAUGGAGGAUACUAUCGAACUAGGCGUGGAUAGUAACAAACUCUGUUGAUCUUGGGUUCGAAACUAGUGCCAACCUCCUAUUUUAUGCCACCGUGUUCUGAACUGGAAAAAUAAAAUGACAAGAAAAUGUGCUGUAUAUGGUGAAUGCGAUCCUUUGAUGGCAAAUAAUAUGGAGGACUGUCCUGUCGAAAUUGAGCCUUCUAAAACUUGGGGACCUUGGAGUACAUGUUCAGCUACAUGCAAUGGAAACAGAAUAAGACAGAAACUAUGUAAUAGUCAAGCUUGUCCAGAUGGAAUACCUUACUAUGGUCUUUGCAAUACUGAUUGUGGAGUUAUAGCUCCAUCCCAACACACAACAUGGAGUCAGUGGACGGAAUGUUCUGAAACCUGUGAUGGCAUACGCACCAGGCAAAGAUUGCGUGGAAAUACUUUUUGUGAGACUUCGUCUCCUGUGAAAGAAGAAUGCAAUAUAGGAAGAUGUGGAGAUCCAAGUUGGGUAUGGAGUAAUUGGCUUCAGUGCACUGCUACUUGUGAAGGAACUCGGACGAGGUAUAAAUUAUGCGGCCAGGCACUUUGUUAUGGCAAAGAUCCUGCAACAAGAGAAUGCAAUACUAAUCCAUGUUCGGGCAGUGAAGGUUAUUCAUAUUCAUCAACAUUGUACACAACAACAACCACAGGAUCGUAUUUAUCAACAAUGUAUACAUCAACGCCCCGGGAUCCUAUUUAUCAACAAUGUACACAACAACGACCCCUGGGCCAUACUUAUCAACAUUGUACACAACAACGACAACAACAAACACGUCUGAAAAUGCAAGAGAUUGGGGGCUUUGGUCAAGUUGUUCAGCUACUUGUGAUGGCGCGAGGGUCAGGCAAAGAGCAUGUAGGACAUGCUGUUAUAACCCUGAGACAGAAACAGAGAAUUGUAAUGUUGGAUUGUGUAGCUCAGACAGAGGGGCAGAUGGAACAGAUGAGAGUGAGAUUUAUAUUUAGUUUAUUUGUAUAAAAAUAUAGUGGAGUUUCAGGGUUUUAACUUGGUGAUCGUAAAUCCAUUAAAAAUAUGUGAAUUUCCAUCCAGCAAUAUGGUAUCUAUUAAGAAAAUAUUCAUUCCGCUCAUAAUCAGGGAGCUCAAGUCAACUGCAGUUACAAUGACGUCAGUAUGUACCGUGAUAGCUAUAAAAUUUUAUUGAGGAACUGUCAAUUUUUUUGUUAAUACCUAUUGACUAUUGUAAAUACCUAGAGACCACCGAGCUUUUUAUGCACGAAGUUACCAUGAAGCACAUCCAAAUUCAUCAUUAACAUUUAUUUUAUUGAUAUGCUUCGUAAUUAUGACUAUGACUAAAUGAUUAAAGCCUAAAUUUUCAUGAUAUCCCGGCACAAAAUGUCAUGAAAAAGGGUCGAUUAGGCUCACGCAAUGAGCAUAUAUAGAAUGAGUGGAAACUUGCAAAGAUUUGCUCAUUAUGGCAUUGUUCCCUGCAUUUUUACGUCGUCCAGCUAAAUGGUUCGUUGCAUAUUA